AUGGCGAUAGUUUUAAGAUAUGUUGAUACUCAUGGACUUGUUAAAGAGAUAUUUGUGGGUCUUGUUCAUGUAAUGGAAACUUCUUCUUCGUCUCUUAAAGCUUCCAUUUAUGCAUUUUUUGCUAAACAUAAGUUGAGUUUGAUGCAGUUAAGGGGUCAAGGUUAUGAUGGCGCAAGUAAUAUGCGUGGUGAGUUUAAUGGUUUGAAAGCAAAAAUCUUAGAAGAAAAUAAUUCGGCAUAUUAUGUACAUUGUUUUGCUCACCAACUUCAACUGGUGGUUGUAGCGGUUGCAAGCAAUCAUUUGGGCGUAGUGAAUUUCUUUGACAAGUUAUCUACUUUGAUGAAUGUGGUUUUGGCUUCAUGUAAACGAACAAACAUUUUGAGGGAAAAGGAGAAAGAGAGAGUGGCAAAUGAUAUUCGUUGUGGUUUACUUACAACAGGAAGUGGCUUAAACCAAGAGCUUUCUCUAACACGGCCCGGAGAUACAAGAUGGAACUCUCAUUACAGAACACUUUUGCGUUUGGAAGUUUUGUUUCCAUCCGUUCUUAGCGUACUUGAUUAUGUUAAAAAGGAAGGAACAAAUGGUUCUACACAGAAUAAGGCAAUUGGUCUCAAACGGUAUUUAAAUUCAUUUGAUUGUGUGUUUCUUUUGCAUUUGAUGUCACACAUUUUAAGGAUCACGGAUGUAUUGUCACGGGCACUUCAAAGAAAAGAUCAAGACAUUUUGGAAGCGGUUUCAAUGGUGAAUUCUACAAAAAGAAAACUUCAAGAGUAUAGGCUUAAUGGGUUUGAGCGACUUUUAGAGAAAGUCUCUUUGUUUUGUGUGAAACAUGGCAUCAAGUUGUUGAAAAUGGAUGAAAUUUGUGCUAAUAAAAGAUGCCAAAGGGACAACAUUACCAAUCAACAUUAUUAUGAGUUUGAAUCUUUCAAUACCAUAUUGGAUUUGAUCAUCAUUGAAUUUGGCGAUCGUUUUAGUGAGGCUAGCACCAAAUUACUUGACAAUAUGGCCGCUUUGAAUCCAUGUGCUUCAUUCUCUAACUUUGAUGUAUCAAAGUUAGUGAAGUUAAGUGAAAUGUAUCCUUAUGAUUUUGAUGACAAUGAAAGGAAGACUCUUUUGCAUGAACUUGAGUUGUACCAUGAUAAUGUGCAACAUGAUGUAAGAUUUGUUAACUUGAAUAGUAUCACCGCUCUUGCAAUGUUAAUGGUGGAAACAAGGAAGCAUCUUUCAUACCCUUUGGUAUAUCGUCUAUUAAAGCUAGCAUUGGUUUUGCCCGUUGCAACCGCCACAGUCGAGAGAUGUUUUUCGUCAAUGAAGCUUGUAACGACGGAUUUGCGAAAUCGAAUUGGUGAUAUGUUCUUUAACUCAUGUUUGAUUUGUUCGAUAGAAAGAGAAGCACUUGCCAAUGUCACGAAUGAACAAAUCAUAGAGCGCUUUCUAAAUAUGGGUACUCGCAAAGGACAAUUGUAA